AUUAAUUAAUUUGUAUGUAUUAGGAUACGUUCCCUCAUCCAUCUUUCUCCAUCUGCUCUCUGUUAAAAUCCACAACCAUUGGUCUCCCCCCCAACUCUCCUCCCUCAGUGUCUCUCCUAUAUAUCUAUACACAUACAAGCAGGAAGACAACCCCAGAAGAUUGAAUAUUCAAAAUUUCGACGGAGUGAUCGAGCGAGCGAGCGAGCGAGCGAUGGAGGUGCAUUCUCCCGUGAACUCCGUUUUAGUUAAGAGGCUAUGGAAUAUCUUGAGGAUAGCAUUCUUCAUGUUGAGGAAGGGCCUCAUCUCCAAGAGGAAGCUUCUCAUGGACAUGUAUUUGAUGAUGAAGAGAGGUAAGCUCCUGAGGAAGACCCUGGGAAACCUCAUAUUCCCACACCCACAGCGAUCCCCACAUGGUUUUUCCGAUGGCCCUCGGUUUGGCCUACAGGAGUAUGAGUUCUCCUGCUACAACAGCCCCAAUCCUGUUUUUCUCCACGUUGCAAAGCGAAAAUACCAUUACUUAAACUUCCCCUGCAUCAACUACCCCCCUUCUCCUUCCGUAGAUGAGGAAUCCGAUGCCCAUAAGGAAGACAUCCUUGUGUCACUGUCACCCAACAACAACAACAAUAAUAACGAGCUCUCUCCUGAGCCCUCUUACCACCACCCUUACUGCUUCCGACUCCAAACACCCACCCCUGACCUCGCCCCUGCAGGAGAGGUAGUGAGCCCACUCCUACUAUCCCCAUUUGCAGUUAGGAUCUCCAGCUACUCCGAAGAAGACGAGAAUGAGCCCAACAGCCUAGUUGACGAUGCCGCUGAAGAAUUCAUCAGAAAAUUUUAUGAGCAGUUAAGGAUGCAGAGUCGCACUCAACUACUGCAGUAUCAGGAGGAGAUGCUUGCAAGAGGAACCGGCUAGCCGAGCUAAUAAAAUAUUUAAAAGUAGCCUUUCACCUUUUUCUGUUUCAAAUUCAUUUUCACUUCAUCACCCUCACAGUCAGUCGGUCACCGUCGCCGACGCCGGCAGGUUUUAGGUUCUUCUUCUUCUUCUUAGUCAUUAUCUUCCUGUAUCUUAAAAAGUCUCCCCUGGUUUUUUAAUACGGGGAAGAUGCAUAUAUAGCCGGUACUGGUUUGGUUCUGAUCAUGUCUUAAUUGUAAUUUGGUAAUGUUAUGCUAAUGCGCUGUACCACUUUACUAAAUAAUAUUUGAUGUUCGAGUUUGAUUA